AUGGGUUCAGUGCAAGAAACCACAUGGACAGGCACAGCCUAUGUUCAAGGCAGAGCCUCAGCUAAGCUUCUCGCAAGCAAUCUUGAGCUAAGCUUCUGGGGAGGUGUCGACCCUCAAACAAGCGAAGUUAUAGACCGCCACCAUCCACUGAGUAGACAACAUCUCCAAAACACCAUUCUUGCUAUACCAGGAGGUCGAGGAUCAUGUACCGGUAGCGGAGUUAUGCUUGAGCUUCUCCUCAAUGGAAAGGCUCCUGAAGCAAUCAUCUUUGAAAGACGAGAAGACAUUCUUACCCUGGGUGUUAUGAUUGCUGAAGAAGUUUUUCAGCAGUCUAUUCCAGUGCUGGUGCUGAACAAGGAAGAAUUCGGACAACUCCUUCAGUUGGAUGGACAAAUCAUCUAUGUGGACGAUGGCCAUGUUUCUACUUCCCCUAUCCUAUCAAAACAGCAAGCAGGCUCAGUCAGAGACGCAGAAAGUGGUCUCAUUCUCGAGACUGCACCCGCCAUAGAAGGUAUAAAACUGUCAACCCUCGAUCAAGAACUCCUCAGGGGAGACUAUGGAGAAGCAUCUCGCGUGGCAAUCCGUAUAGUCCUCCGCAUGGCCCAUCUCCUCGGCGCAACACGUCUCAUGGACAUAACACAGGUCCACGUGGACGGCUGUGUCUAUACAGGUCCUGCAACACUCGCACUCGCAGAAAGACUUCGCGACUGGGGCGGCAAAGUGCGUGUCCCAACAACACUCAAUUCCAUUUCAGUCGACCAAAAGCGAUGGCGAGCUCUGGGUGUUGAUACUGCUUUUGGAGAAGCUGCUGAUGCGUUGGGAAAGGCUUAUGUUGACAUGGGAGCGAAGCCGACUUAUACUUGUGCACCAUAUCAGCUUGAUAGUGCGCCCAAGUUGGGCGAGCAGGUUGCCUGGGCAGAGAGCAAUGCUGUUGUUUAUGCAAAUAGUGUUUUGGGAGCUAGGACGAUGAAGUAUCCCGACUUUCUCGACAUAUCUAUUGCUUUGACGGGAAGGGCACCAAAAGGGGGGCCUCAUAUCAACGCCAAUCGGCUGGCAUCUGUCCGCGUUGACGUUGUUGGGAUUGAGAACAUACCAGAUCUUGACGACUCUUUUCCUCCUCUUCUGGGCUACUAUGUUGGGACUUUAUCGGCAAGUCGCAUUCCUGUAGUAACAGGUCUUGAAACAUACGACCUCUCGACGGACGACUUGAAGGCCUUUGGUGCUGCUUUCGCAACUGUCUCAAGUGCUCCAAUUCAUGCCGCUCAAGAUGCAGGCUUCACAAGACCACCCAUGAACAAGAUUUUAGCAGCAAUUUCACACAAUGGCAAACGGCCUAGAGAUACUGUGCUUCAACAAGACGCCAUGAAGAACCCGUGGACGUUUCCCGGGCCUUUGGUGCUUCCAGACGAUGAACUGGCAGUGGAACCUGAUGAUGAUGGACAAACGUUCAAGGAAUGGCUUGAUAUGGAUGAAGAGGAAAGAAAUCAAGUCACAACGAAAAAGAAGACUAUUUACGUCAUCUUACCACCUACUGUACCUCAAGACUUGGAGAAGACGAUGAAAGAUUGGCACAAGCCUAUUCUACCUGGGACGUCAGCUCGAGACUUGGAUAAGUGGACGUCUUCAUCGCCUCAAGUUAACGAUCUGAUCGGUUAUCUGCGCGCUUUUUAUCAUGGUAUGAACGUUGUACAGUAUCCUGAAACUUUCACAUGGCGACCCUGGCACGAGAAGCCAAAAGCAAGAGCACGCUCAAAGACGACAAAAAUCGGACUAGAAACACCCGGAGAACCAGAAAUAUGGGACGUGAGAUGUCGACCAUCUUUGGACGGGCGUGCUAGGAUGCAAGUCAACUUGGAUGACGUUGCAGAUGCUCUUCUCCAAAGAAUACCGGAUGAUGCCUACGCUGUGAUCAUGCUCACCGACUAUGACUUGUAUGAGGACGAGGAUGAUGACUUUACAGUUGGAAGGGCAUGGGGUGCGAGCAGAGUUUGCAUCGUUUCAUCAUUUCGAUAUAAUCCUGCUCUGGAUGCUCCGGCUGGUAUAGAUCGAAUGCAUAUGUGGCCCAACUCUCACUGUAAAACAUUUGUUGAUAACGAGUGCAGAGCUGCUGCUGAAGAAGAAGACCAACCUCAUGUUGCGAAAAGAGUCAAGAAGUCAAGCAGCGCAGCAUAUGGAAAACCACCACCCGACUCUGCACUCAGUCUCGCCGUCCAAGCAUCAAAACGAGUCCCCAAACUCACAACAAGAGAUGAACUUGCAAGCUACUGGUUUGCCCGUCUAGCAGUCACGGUAUCACACGAACUAGGACACUGUUUCGGCUUCGCACACUUCGCUGGCGCAUCAGGUUUUGUGCUGGGUCCUUUUGGAGGUACACAGCAGCCAAUUGGUGACCAAGACAUCACCACCAACGACUUUACAUGCAACCUCCCACCAGUUCUCACACCAAAGAAUGAUGGACUUCCUGAUGCCAAUAGUCUUUUUUCUUCAAAAGAGGCUUUUGAUACACAAGUAAAGCGUCAUCAGGCAAUUGUUCGCGUUCCAUCUAUCUGUUAUGAUGAUCUUGGUGAUGUAGAUAAAGAUGAGCGGUGGGCGCCCUUUUACGAUUUACAUGAUGUUUUGGCCAAGACAUAUCCCGCCAUACAUAAGCACGCAAAGCUUGAAAAGAUCAACAAGUUUGGUCUUGUCUACACAUUAGCUGGAAGCGACUCUUCUCUCAAGCCCUAUCUCCUCGCAGCUCAUCAAGAUGUCGUUCCCGUACCAGACCCAUCAACAUGGACUCAUCCUCCAUUUGACGCCUACUUUGAUGGCGAGUGGCUAUGGGGUCGCGGUUCAUCAGAUGACAAGAACAGUCUUACAGCUCUCAUGUCAGCCAUUGAGACUCUCCUCACCAAGACUGAAUGGGCGCCCAAGCGCACUUUGAUCCUGGCUUUUGGUUUCGAUGAAGAGUGCUCUGGUCCUCGCGGUGCUGCCAAGAUUGGAGAGUUCCUAACGGAGCGAUAUGGCGACAAUGGGAUCCCCUUCAUUCUUGAUGAGGGCGGUUCGGGAGUUCAUCUCAUCGACGACACGCUCUAUGUCCUUCCUUCAGUGCAGGAGAAAGGCGCGAUUGAUAUUUGGGCUGAACUUCGUGUCAAGGGCGGUCACAGCUCUAUUCCUCACCCACAUACAGGCAUUGGCAUCAUGUCCGAGAUUGUCAGCGCCCUCGAAGCAAACCCCUACUCACCUGCCAUUGUCAAGGACAGUCCCGUGUACAAUCACCUUGUGUGUCUGGCACGCCACUCACCAGAUGCCCACCCCAAGCUCAGCGAGCUUCUCAAGAAGGAUGACCUCGAAAAGCUGACUUCUGAGCUCAUCCGUCUCGACCCAAGCGCAAAGUUCACCAUCCAGACAACACAAGCCGUCGACAUCAUCAGCGGAGGUCAAAAGAUCAACGCCAUGCCUGAGAUUGUCACCUUGGGCGUAAACUACCGCGUUGCACCACAAGAUAGCCAUGAAAAGGUGCAGAAGCAGUUCCUCAAGAGCAUUGACUCUGUCGUGCACAAGUACAAUCUCAGCGUGAGUGCGUACGAGGAUGAUAAGAAGUACAAUGCUUUUGCAGGCGUUGAUAGCGAGGGGUAUGACUACGAUGGUCAUCUUAAGCUCACAGCCUUCAAAAACUCUGUUGUCACGCCUGUUUCGCCAACAAGCGGACCUAUCUGGGACAUCUUUUCAGGAACGAUUCAACAUAGCUUUGCUUUUGAUGGUGGAAAGGUUGUGCCUGUGGGUGAGAUCAUGACUGGCAACACCGACACCAGACAUUACCUGAACCUUUCACCAAACAUUUAUCGAUGGACACCAAGCCGACAGCGGGGUUCAGAAAACAUCCAUACAGUCGAUGAGAGAAUCAGGAUCGACUCGCAUAUUGACAUUGUCAAGUUUUACUACAACUUGAUCCGCAACUUUGACACGGCAGACUUUUAG